CUUUCCUCCAGCAUGGCUGCAAGAGUGACAUUUGUCUAUUGAAUGAAUUGUUGUGAAAAUUAAAAACAGAUAUUCAGGAUCCCUAGAUGAUAAAUUCUACUGGCUUCGGUAGCUCACUGCUUUUUCAUCUAGCAUCAAAAUUUACAUUUCCUCGAUACUGUAUUAGUUUAUGGUGAACUACCUGAAAAACUAACAACAUUUUUGCAUGAUAACUUUCACCCCUCCCAGGUCUCACACUGUUCAAACCAGAUGAAUAGCUCAAAACAGCUUGUGUGAGUUAAUCCCUGUCCUGUGCUAUUUAAGGACAUGGAUUAGUAUUGCUAGCCAACAAUAUGUGGGAGUCAGAGGUCUGUGCAGUGGCUGUAGGCUUUGGAAGAGAACAUGACACCAAGGGUUGACCUAGCCUAACAGCUUUAGAAAAACGUUGUUAAUAUGCUUUAGACGGCAUCUUAACUUUCUUCACCUUUCAGGAACUUUUCAUACGGAGAUGUCUUCAUGGAAAGUUUCAAUAUGAGCUUAGCCUGUCUGAGAGGCAAACUCAGAGUCAGCCAUGAGAGUGUUUCUCCUGGGGCUCUGUAGAUUAUUAUUAACACCAGACAUGACGAAAAUACAGUCAGAGACAGGACGGUGUGUUUUAGUAGUGAAAUGGAUACUUUUAAAGUAGAUCUCUCCUCUUCUUAAACAUUUUAAACCAAUCCCUGCAAGGUUUUUAUGAGAAGAAACGCCUGUUUUUAGGACAGCCUCUGACCAGUUACUGUAUCAUUACUCAAGAAGCCUGGUAAUCUUAACACACAGAGUAAAUAAAAGUGGUGUCUAAUUGAUUAGAUCUUAACAGCUAAUUUGCUAUUUACACAGUAUUACUGACUAACAGGUGCACUUUGGAUUAACCCACAGAGAAGUCGUCUCAGUCUCAGUCAACAACAAACUGUAGCGUGAUGUAAUUAAAUCUAGAGCUACUCCUCAAGAAUUAAUCCACAGUGUGCAAGUAUAGCUGUUUGAUUUUGUUGGAAAAAUGCAAAAGUGGGCUAUGAAAGAGAUUUGAUAAGUAAUAUGGCACUGGAGUUGCACAAAAUAGAAUUCUGUUUAUAUACACAGUGGGGGAACAGAGCACAAAGAACAUCUUGUAAUGUUUGACUUCCCUUCAGGUAGCAGCUGGAGCAAACAGCAUCAAAAAGGUAGACACCUCCCUCCAUCCCUCCUCCUCCUCCCCUUCUCUUGUAUCACUUAAUGCCUUAUCAGCUUCUGUUCCCCAUUCACUUAUCUGGUAGUCACCACAGUGAAAUCAGUCAGCAUCUUAGAUCUGAACACCUUUUCAGCCUUUAUGGAUAUUGAUCCUCACACUCCUUUAAUUCACCUGCAGAACUUCACAUAUUUUUCUUUCUUCUCCGAUUUGUACCACCCUGGUCAUGUUGCCGCCACCACUAUCGAGACCCUGGCGAUCUCCGCUGUCUUCCUGGUGUCCGUGGUAGCAAAUGCGGGAGCUGCAGCCCUGGUAACCUGGGAACGCAGACUGCUGGCCAACAAGACCAUCCUGACCCUCAACUUGUUUGUGGCCGACCUGCUGUUUGUCAGCAUGAUCCCGCUGAUAGUGGCGGUGCGCUGGACCGUGUCCUGGACGCUCGGGUUUGCAGCCUGUCACACCGUGCUAUAUGUCAUCUGCAUGAGCGGCUGUGUCACCAUCACUACCCUGGCCUCCAUCAGCGUGGAGAGGGUCCAGGCGAUCCUCCGGCUGCAGACUGUGCCAACAUUAAACCCCAGGACGGUGACUGCUGCACUCAUCUUCAUCUGGGCCUUUUCUGCACUCACUGCUUUACCCCUCAGUCUGUUCUUCACUGUGAUGGAAGUGAAUUUCCCUGAGCAGGGACAUGUACACAUCUGUACUCUCAAGUGGCCUGACACAUCUGGAGAGAUUGUGUGGAACAUAUGCUUUACCGCCCUGUGCUUCCUCCUCCCAGGACUCAUUAUUGUGGUCAGUUAUGGCAAAAUAUUACAGAUUGCUAAAAGUUGCAGGCGAAGGCUCCGAACCCGAGACGGUCAACCCUCAGUUGGUGAUUCUCUUGAGUACCACGUCUCCCGCCAGGAUAUGAAGCUCUUCCGCACUCUCCUGGUUCUCGUGCUGUCUUUCAUAGUCAUGUGGAGCCCUAUUUUCAUCAACGCCGUCCUCAUCCUGGCCAGAAACUUCCUGGUUCAUCUGGACAUCUCCUCUACCAUGUUCUUCUGGGUGGUAACAUUCACGCUGGCCAACUCAGCUCUCAAUCCCAUCCUCUACUCAGUCUGCCAGUUCAAGAACGUCUGGCGUAAGCUCUGCUGCAGUUCUGCCGUGGUGCCACUGCGAAAAGAACCUCGCGGCAGUGGUCAAAGGCGAGGGACGCAUCCAUGAUGAUGGCGAUUGAUUCAAACUGACAUGAAGUGUACAACACACUGUCCAGACCUUUAGUGACACUGACAAACCACAUAUUCCUCUCAUGCAAGAUGCACUAUUCUCAUGCUCCCUGCAUUCCUGAGCUGCUGCAUAAAGUCUGAAAUACCUUU